UUCUCCCUCUUCCCAGCCUUCUCCCGAUGCUGCUGCGGGGGGCACAUGGAGGGGGGCUCUCCCACUGAAACGCGGCGGCCGCCGCGGCCCCCCAAGCAGCACGGCCAAACCUCCGCCCCACCGGAGCACCCCGAGGCUGCCUGCAGCCCCCACGCCAUCCUGGAGAGCAAGGUGAAGGCGCUGAAGGAGAAGCGGGGGGCCGGCCGGCCAGGGACCCCAGUGGCCACCCCCGAGCGCCCCUCACCCAAGAAGACCCGUCCCCGUCGGGGGAAGCCGGGGACGGACGUGGCGGCACUGGAGCCGCGGGCUCAGCUCCGCACCUACCUGACGGAUGGGCUGCUGGAUGGUGGGGAGCCUGUGGCUGACAGCCCCCCGGUGCCCCGCGCCAGCACCCCGGGGCUCUGGCGGGUGCCGGCACCCAGGGGAGAUGUGCCGGGAGGCACCGAGCUCCCCCGGGAUGAAGGCAGCGGGUCCCAGGGCUCUGCCUCCCCUCAUGAGACACCCCCCCUGGAAGAAGAAGCCCGAACCCCACUGUGGGACCGAGAGGGUCCCUCUGUGUCCCCCGCCAUGGCGGAGGGCUGGGAGAGGCUCUCGCUGGCUGAGCGGGUGGAGAGGAACCGGCGGCUGCUGCAGGAGGUGCUGGGCCUUGCUGCCCCCGAGGUGCCGGCGAGCGACGGGGACUGGGACUCGGGGGUCUCGCUGCAGGACGCCGAGGGCUGCAGGGCCUUUGUCCCCGGGCGGGAGCUCGAGCUGAGCCCGCGGCACGAGCAGGCCAAGCAGCUGCUGCAGCGCGCCCGCAUGAAGGCUCGGACGAACCCCCUGCGCGCCAGCCACGACAUCCUCCUCCUCCCCGCCGCUGCUGCCCCGCGCCCCAGGGAGCCCAGCGGGAGGCCGAGCGUGGCCCCGCGGGACGGCGGGAGCCUGAGCGACUCGUCGAGCGGGGACUCCAGCUGCGGGCGGCCGCGGCGGCCCCGGGGACCCUCCCCGUCCCGCGUCCGCUUCGAGGACGAGUCGGCCCGUGACGCCGAGGUGCGGUACCUGGAGCGGUUGCAGCUGCGGCACCGGCGGGCGCUGGGCUCGGCGCUCUCCUCACCGGAUCCAGCCAGCAGCGGGCAGCCGGGGGAUGGGGCUGGCUGGCCCAAAGCCCGAAGUGGCGACCUGGUAGCCGGGGGCAAGUGCAGCGCCUGCGGCUCCUUCCUCGGUGCCGCCGCUGGCCGGGGCGGGGAUAUGCCGGCAGCCACCGACGCGUCCGAGGGCAGCUUUGCAGCACAAGGGAGCAUCCCUGGGGAGAGCGCGGGGCUGAGCCCUGCCCGCCCGGAGCCCAAAACCAGGGCUCUGGGCCCCCGGGGGUCCCCGCUGUGGAUCCUCCCCUCCCGGCAGCGCAUCCACACCGAGAAGAUCAAGGAGACGUACAUCGGGGACGUCACCUACAUCGAUGAGGUGGACUCAGCCCUGGAGAGCACUGACACCUCUGACAGCUGCCGGACGGACAGCGAGGAGGCAGGACCCCGCAGCCCCCACCCGAGGGGUCACCGGGACCCCCGGGCUCGUGGGCACAGGGCCCCCCGUCCUGCCCUGCAGCCGGAGGCAAGGGCUGGGAAGACGACAUGUGUGGCUGGUGGUGGCCCCUGCACAGGGGACAGGGGCUCAGGUGGCACUGCAAGCCGGCCAGGGGCUGUUUGCCCCCCACCACCGGGAAGAACUGGCAGCUGGGAGGAGGGGGACCCCCACCAGCAGCCGGGGGGCAGCGAGGGGGUGGGAAACACCGCUCAUCCCCCCCAGCAGCCCAGUGAGUCCCCGGACCGUUCCUCGCAGCCUGGGGCCAGCUCCCUAAUGCUGGGCACCCACCUCCCCACUCCCCCCCCCACCAAAAAGGCCUGCUCUCAGGUGCCUUGCAGGAAAGCCCUCCUCUCGGGUGGCAGCCGCCGGGCAUCGAGCCAAGGAGCCCGGGGCCUGGAGCCUGAUGGUGGGAGCGCUGGGGCCCCUCAGCCCAGGGCAACGACGGGACUGGGGGAGCGCCGGGGUCCCUGCGGCCCCAGGUGGCUCCCGGGGAGCCCCCUCCGUGCCUUGUCCACCAACAACUGCAACAACACCCACGGGCAGGACCCCCCGGGGACGAGCAGAGGGCCACCGUCGCAGCCUGUCACCCCUGCAUCCCAGGAGGCUGCUCGUCCACCCAGGGAAGCUGCCGGGAUGCCUGGAGCUCAGCAGCAGCGGUACCCAGCUGGGAGCACGGCACAUGGGGAGCCGGGGCGGCCGGCCAGCCGCAAGGGCAGCGGCGCUUCGGCCUCGGGGCUGAAGAAGCUCCUGUGCAGCCUCAGCCAGAGCACCAAGCAGCGCCUGGGCCGCUUCCGCUGCUACAGCAUGGAGCAGCUCCCGGCUCCCGGCGCCACCCCCCCGGAGGGCCCCGGCAUGAAGAAGUCGCCCUCCCUGCAGUCCCUGCGGCUGGUGUCACCCUUCUGCCAGCCCCGAAAAGCUGCCUCCAUCCAGAACCUGCACCCCCUCCUGGGCAAGGGACCCCGUGCCAGCGCCUACCUCCUGCCCCAGGCCGCGGCCGACAGGAAGGGGGGAUCGGGGCCACGGCGCUCGCUGAGCGUGGAGGACAUCGGGGCGCCUGGCCGGCUACGCGCGGUGGGGCGCGUGGUGGAGGUCUUCCCUGACGGCACCAGCCAGCUGGAGCUGCAGCGGCCCCCCCAGGGCGCCUUCGGGUUCUGUGUCACCUCCGGGCACGGCCGGCCUGACACAGGCAUCUACGUGCAGGAGAUGGCGGACGCCGGCACAGCCAAGCUGUACGCGGGGCUCCUGGGCGUGGGGGACGAGAUCCUGCAGGUCAACGGGGCGGCCGUUUCGGGGCUGGGGCUUGCCCGCAUCCGGGAGCUGCUGCUCCGGGCGGACACCCUGUCCCUCCGCGUGCUCAGGCACCGCCCGGCGCCCCGGUAGCCCUGGCAUAGCUCCCGGGAAGCCCGUCAGGAGGAGGACGAUGUCCUGCCACCAUCCCGGGAUGCUGCAGGAUGGCGCGGUGUGGACCAAGCUGCCCCAUGGCACCAGGCCCUGCCCUGCGCUGGUGGGAGCAGGCGGGUUCCCCUGCCCUCCGGAAGCAGAGCAGGACUAACGACCAAACCCCCCCCCCAGACAGUGUCUGGCGUCUUCAGGAGCUGCUCCAAGUGUGGGGAUGGGGGAGAGCCCAGCCCUGCCACUGAGCCAGUGUGGGGUGGCCUGUGGGUCACUGGGGUGGCCAGUGUGGGGAUGCCCCAUCCCUGCAUUCCCAGGAGGCACGGGGAGGGGGGAUGUGUGUGUGUGUGUGUCCCUGCCACCGCUGUAAACCUGUGCCCACGGGCUGG